GAUAUGGCGGCCUCUGGUCGAUGGUGGACGCUGUACGGAUCUGUCUGUGCAAUAGCACAGUGGACAUUGCGGCUGCUCUUCCUGUCCACACUCUGCAGUUGCAUGAUCGGCUUCGUCGCCGUCGCUCAGACAAUACCAGACGGUCAUCGUUUCCCGUCAUCUGCAAUGGCUAUGGGCGAUUCCCUUCCGUACUCCAACGGUCAUGAGGACUCGCCCGGCGCCGGAAUGCGUCCCACCGACGACCGGUCGCUCGCUUCAGAAGAUCUAUCGCCGUCCUUCACGCUUCUUACGCAGGAUUUGUUUGCCCGUGACGUCAACGGCGCGGCUGGGACGCCGAGGGUCGUGCUCGUGCACACACCCGAGGCGCCCUUCAAUGCCACCCCGUCCCCAUUCAACUACUCCUCAGGGUGGAGUUAUGAGUGUCAAUCGUUUUAUAGAAAUAUAGUGUUCCUCCCCAACAGCACGCGAUUUUUCUCUAUUUUCGAGCAGAGCUGCAUCAGAAGUAACGAUCGUCUUCAAAAUAACUUACAAACGAAUGGGUCGGCGUGGACUUCCGAACUGAGAAUUACCUUUAGAGUGAUGUCAGUGCGACAGGCAGAUCUGCUGCCCGUGAGGCAGGGGUUGAAGCCUAUAGCAGACGAGACAGUGUUAAGCUACUUGUGGCCAGUAGACUGUACCGACGGGGAGAGAGUCUCGUGGCCCAUUGUGUACCAGGAAGACAAGAACAUGUCGUUCAUGGCUACAAUCUACGGCAUGGACAUUGCCAAGAAUGGCACGCACCUGGUCUUGGUCGCGGACAGGUACGACGGCCGAUCAAUGCCGCCAAGGCCGCCCGUACUUACGUCGCUGUCAACGAUCAACGGCAGUCGAUCGUCAAUCAUGCCUCUGAGGGGUGACGUGACUUCGGUUGAUGGGAUAGCUUUCAAUCAUAAUAAGACAAAACUCUUCGCCAUUGAGAACUUCAUCAUCUACCCUGCCGAUUUACUCUCCCGCAGCGGCAUUAGCCGGGUCCGUCUAGUGUCUGCUGACGUGGACGAAUCUGGUUACUCGGUUAAAUCAGACGGUGGUGAUAGGGUGGGGGACCCUUUUCACAUCGUGCACCGGCAUGACAGCCAUGUUUAUUUGAGCCCUCACAGCGUCACCUCUAGCGGAAGGUGCAUAUAUCUUAUAAGUAAGCUUGCAAUGGAGGUGUUUGGAGUCGAUCCCUUGACGUCCAAACUCACUCGUGUGCUGGACGUUGGCAUAGAAACUAGUCCUUUCGGCUUUUCGUUUUUCGAUUUCCCGGCUGAUGCACUGAGAGGUAUGGCAGCGACAUCGGACGGUUGUAAUCUGUUCAUCACAACUGGCAUUGGUUACCCGGCUUUGACGGGGCUUAUAUGGGUGAAGAUGAGGAGUAGAUGCGGCAAGGUACGGAGCGCGGAGCUUGUGGCGCGCUACGACAGCCACGGGACCACCGAGAUUGGAAGCCUGGCUCUUCAGGAGCUGGAAGGUCGGCUGUUCCUGUACGUCGGAUCUACGGACGGCCGGCUCUUCGAGCUGGAGAUUAACCGUCGACGUCUAAAAAUGAUAAUGUUGGGGCUAUAUGCCCGUUCACGUGACAACGAUAACGAUGGCUGGGAGCAAGGCGAUGAUGAAGAGCAGACGGACCAAAGCGGGGGAGUGGUCGGCUGCGGAGCAAGACGGAUGAGGUUGGCCCCUCGAUAACAAUGCUCUCUGCAAUGGAGUUACGUGCGUGAGAGUGUGUGCAUCUGCAUCGACUUGUGCACGUGAACAAGCCUGUGUAAGUGUGUGUGCGCCUGAACUAGCCGGUGUAUCUGUGUGUGCACGUGUGCAAGCCUGUGUUUGUGCGUGUGCACGUCUGAGCGUGCCCACAUACAUGUGCAAGCGGGUGCACAUGCACAUGCACGUGCAACUACCGUAGCCAAGUGUGCAUGCUGCAUGUGCGAGCAUAUCCAUGUCUGAGCGUGUGCGAUCAAAUGCAUGUCUGAGCGUGUGCGAGCGUGCCUCUGCAUGUGCACUACCGUCUUCCGCCGAACGUAAUGCACCCUGAAAAUGAACGUAUACAGCGUGU